AUGGGCGCCCGCCGCCCGUCCCCCUCCCUACGCCGUUUGCGCAGGCAGCGCCGUUUGCGCAGCGGGCGGGAGAGCCGGCUCCCUCUCUUCCCUCCCUCCGCCCCCGCCCGAGUCCCGGGAGCCCGAUGUGACCCGCCAGAGAAAAUGGCGGCGGCGGCGGGGAAUCGCACCUCGUCGUCGGGAUUAUCCUCUGGCGGUGGCGCGGAAGGGGCCGCCGCCGCCGCGUGCGGGAGCCCGAAGGGCGGCGCGGGCGAGGGAAGCGGCGCCGGGAGCGGCGGGCUGCUGCGGGAGGCGGGCGGCGGCGUCCGGGAGCAGCGCUCCGACUGGCGGCGGAAGCAGCUGCGCAAAGUGCGGAGCGUGGAGCUGGACCGGCUGCCCGAGGCGCCCCUCUUCCUCGCAGCCACACCGGCCGCCACCUCCUCAUCGUCGUCCUCCUCCCCUUCGCCGGAGCCCCCCGAGGCGCUGCUGCUGCACUACCUGCCCGGACCCCGCUCCGGCCCCGCCAGCCCCGCCGCCUCCCCCGGCCGCGGCGCCGAGCUCCUGGAGCUGCCGGUGGGCAGCCCCGCGGCCGCCGACCCCGCCGCCGAGAGAAGGAUGGAGCCGUCCCCUGCCGUGAGUCGUGACAUGGAGAAUAAAGAAACCCUCAGGGGUUUGCAGAAGAUGGAUGACCGCCCAGAAGAGCGCAUGAUCAGGGAGAAACUCAAGGCAACGUGUAUGCCAGCUUGGAAGCAUGAAUGGCUGGAAAGAAGAAGCAGGAGAGGGCCUGUGGUGGUGAAACCUAUCCCUGUGAAGGGAGAUGGAUCUGAAAUGAACAAGCUAUCUUUAGAACCUCAAUCUGAAGGACAAAGCACUGCUUCUUCACCUACGCAGAAAGGACGGCGUAGUCCUUCUCCUAGCAGUUCUUCUUCAUCAUCCUCUCGGACUGUUAAAUCUGAGUCACCAGGUGUUAGAAGAAAAAGGGUAUCUCCAGUACCUUUUCAGAGUGGACGAAUAACACCACCGCGAAGAGCCCCAUCUCCAGAUGGCUUCUCUCCAUACAGCCCUGAGGAAACAAGUCGUCGUGUCAACAAAGUUAUGCGAGCCAGGCUGUACUUGCUGCAGCAGAUAGGACCCAACUCUUUCUUAAUUGGAGGAGAUAGCCCUGAUAAUAAAUACAGAGUGUUUAUUGGACCUCAGACAUGUAGCUGUGGCCGUGGAACAUUUUGUAUUCAUCUGCUCUUCGUUAUGCUGCGAGUGUUCCAGCUUGAGCCCUCAGACCCAAUGCUGUGGAGAAAGACACUGAAAAACUUUGAGGUUGAGAGUUUGUUCCAGAAAUAUCACAGUAGGCGUAGCUCGAGGAUCAAAGCUCCAUCUCGUAACACCAUCCAGAAGUUUGUCUCACGCAUGUCAAAUUCUCAUACAUUGUCAUCUAGUACUUCUACAUCUAGUUCAGAAAACAGUAUGAAAGAUGAAGAAGAGCAGAUGUGCCCCAUUUGUUUGUUAGGCAUGCUGGAUGAAGAGAGCCUGACUGUGUGUGAAGAUGGCUGCAGGAACAAAUUACACCACCACUGCAUGUCAAUAUGGGCAGAAGAGUGUAGAAGAAACAGAGAGCCACUUAUAUGUCCUCUGUGUAGAUCUAAAUGGAGGUCUCAUGAUUUCUACAGUCAUGAAUUGCCAAGCCCUGUGGAUUCUUCUGUUCUCCAUGUGGUUCAACAACAAACUCAACAGCAGUCAACAGUUGGAUCACAGAGAAGAACCCAGGAUACUAACUUUAACCUUACUCAUUAUGGGGUCCAGCAGAUUCCUUCUGCCUAUAAAGAUUUAGCUGAGCCAUGGAUUCAGGUCUUUGGAAUGGAGUUAGUCGGCUGCUUGUUUUCUCGAAACUGGAAUAUACGAGAGAUGGCACUUAGACGUCUUUCCCAUGAUGUUAGUGGUGCUCUAUUACUGGCUAAUGGAGAAAGCACUGGAAAUUCUGGAAAUGGCAAUGGACACAACACAAGUGCUGGAGCUCUGGGAGUAGCGAGUGGGUCAUCUCAGACCACCGUCUCAGGAGAUGUUGUGGUGGAAUCUUGCUGCAGUGUGCUAUCCAUGGUCUGUGCUGACCCUGUCUACAAAGUGUAUGUUGCUGCUUUAAAAACCUUAAGAGCCAUGCUGGUCUAUACUCCUUGUCAUAGCUUGGCAGAAAAGACUAAACUACAGCGACUUCUGAAGCCAGUUGUAGAGACAAUAUUAGUUAAAUGUGCAGAUGCCAACAGUCGAACAAGUCAACUUUCAGUCUCAACACUAUUGGAGAUGUGUAAAGGCCAAGCAGGAGAGUUGGCAGUUGGGAGAGAAAUACUUAAAUCAGGAUCCAUUGGUAUUGGUCCAUUGGAUGUUGAUUAUGUCUUAAAUUGUAUUCUUGCAACUGAAAUUGAACCUAGCAACUGGCAAGCGCUACUGGGGAGACUUUGUCUUAUAGACAGACUUCUGUUGGAAUUUCCUGGUGAAUUUUAUCCUCACAUUGUCUGUGGAGAUGUUUUACAGGCUGAUACCAUAGUAGGCAGGUAUAAGAAACUUCUCUCCCUUCUAAAUUUCGCCUUGCUGUCAAUUGACAAUUCCCACUCAAUGGUCGGUAAACUAUCACGGAGAGUAUUUUUGAGUUCAGCAAGAAUGGUGGCAAGAGUGCCUCACGUGUUUGUAAAGCUGUUAGAAAUGCUGAGUGUGACAAGCUCAACUCAUUACACAAGGAUGCGUCGACGUCUGAUGGCAAUAGCAGAUGAAAUGGAAGUUGCAGAAGCCAUCCAGCUAGGCAUGGAAGAAAUACAGUCUGGGGAAUGUCGACAUGAAGACUUUCUGCAGCUACCUGUACCAGACAAUUCUCCAGAAGCUACAGAAAAUAAUACUCCUAACAAUACUGUCCAGUUAUCAGGGAAAAGUGGGAAAGGAUUAAGUGACAAAAAACUGAGUGCCAGUCCAGAGGACAUUUCUGAGACACUGGCUGGCCUAGCUGUGGGACUUCCUGUUUCAUCAGUAACCACUGAGCAACCAAAGCCAGCUGUUCAAACAAAAGGAAAACCCUACAGUCAGUGUUUGAACUCUUCUCCCUCAUCCAGUCAUUCCCAGUCACUAUUCCCAACUCUUCUCUCUCCUUCAAACCCAUCUGUACCAGCUGGCACUGUAACAGAUGUCUCUAAACUCAGACCUCAGGGAUUCAUUCCCUGCAAAAUCUCCUCACCUUCUCCUCAAACACAACGGAAGCUUUCCCUCCAGUUUCAGAGAAGCUGCUCUGAAAAUAAAGAACCAGAUAAGCUUUCUCCAAUUUUUACCCAAGCCAGGCCAUUGCCAUCUAGUCACAUACACAGGCCAAAGCCAUCGCGACCCACUCCAAAUGAUAUGAACAAGCAGGGAGAAACUUCAAAGAACAGUAUGACUCUUGACCUGAAUGAUACUUCUCAGUGUGAUGGCAAUGGUAGUAACAGUAGUGCAGUUAUACCAAGUGAAGAGACGGUGUUCACACCAGUAGAUGAGAAAUGUCGGUUGGAUGUGAGUGCAGAGCUCAACUCUAGUAUUGAGGACCUACUUGAGGCCUCCAUGCCAACAAGCGAUGGCACAGUUACAUUCAAGUCCGAAGUUGCAGUUCUUUCUCCUGAGAGGGCAGAAAAUGAUGAUACUUACAAAGAUGAUGUAAAUCAUAAUCAAAAAUGCAAGGAAAAGAUGGAAGCUGAAGAAGAGGAAGCUUUAGCUAUUGCUAUGGCAAUGUCAGCAUCUCAAGAUGCCCUGCCGAUAAUUCCCCAACUACAGGUCGAAAAUGGUGAAGAUAUCAUAAUUAUUCAGCAGGAUACACCAGAAACUCUGCCUGGACAUACCAAAGCAAAGCAUCAUUACAGGGAAGAUGCAGAAUGGCUUAAAGGUCAGCAAAUUGGUCUUGGAGCUUUCUCUUCCUGUUACCAAGCUCAAGAUGUAGGAACAGGGACAUUAAUGGCUGUAAAACAGGUGACAUAUGUCAGGAACACAUCAUCUGAGCAAGAAGAGGUAGUGGAAGCACUCAGGGAGGAGAUACGGAUGAUGAGUCAUCUAAACCAUCCUAAUAUUAUUCGCAUGUUGGGUGCUACAUGUGAGAAGAGCAACUAUAACCUCUUUAUUGAAUGGAUGGCAGGGGGAUCAGUUGCUCAUUUGUUGAGUAAAUAUGGAGCCUUCAAAGAAUCGGUUAUUAUUAAUUACACAGAACAACUGUUACGUGGCCUUUCUUACCUCCAUGAGAAUCAGAUAAUUCACAGAGAUGUCAAAGGUGCCAAUUUGCUAAUUGACAGCACAGGUCAUAGAUUAAGAAUUGCUGAUUUUGGAGCUGCAGCCAGGUUGGCAUCAAAAGGAACUGGUGCUGGGGAGUUCCAGGGACAGUUGUUGGGAACUAUUGCAUUUAUGGCCCCAGAGGUUCUGAGAGGUCAGCAGUAUGGUAGGAGCUGUGAUGUGUGGAGCGUUGGCUGUGUUGUUAUAGAAAUGGCUUGUGCUAAACCUCCCUGGAACGCAGAGAAACACUCCAAUCAUCUUGCUCUGAUCUUUAAGAUUGCUAGUGCAACCACUGCUCCAUCAAUCCCUUCGCACCUGUCUCCUGGCUUGAGGGAUGUGACUCUCCGGUGUUUAGAACUUCAACCUCAGGACAGACCCCCAUCGCGGGAGCUGCUGAAACACCCAGUCUUCCGUACUACAUGGUAGCCACUUACGUGUAAGGCGGACACACCGAAGAUGCUACUGUAUAUAGAAUAACUCUCUUGCAGUGCAGCUAAGCACAGCAACUGGUAUUGUUCUGCUGGCCUUGAUGACAGAUACAUCCCGGACUCAAGGCCAGUGGAGGACCCUACCUAAAUAUGUGAUUGACAAAUGGAGAUCUUUACCUAAACUCAGUAUGCAACAUUUCACAACUUUGCAGAGAUUUGUAAACUGUGCCUUUUCAAACACGUGGCUCUGUGUCAAUGUAAAAGCAUUUUUCUUUAAGUCUGCAUGACUAUUUAGCAACUUAAGUGAUUUUUAUUUUAUUUGGAGCACUUUUUCAGCAAUAUUAGCAGCUGAGGGGCUCAGGAUCUAUUUUAAUAUAACAAUCACUGUUCCGCUUCACAUCAUGUAGAUGUAAGCAGAGGAUUCUGCAACUAGGAAGUUCUGUAUCUGUCUCUUUGACUAUACAAAUCUCUGUGUAAAAAUCAAAAUGUUGAUGGAUACUUUAAAAAACAAAAAAAGCCUUCCUUAAAGUAAGAGCAGGCAGUUGUCUUUCACUGUGCAUUUACUGCUGGCUGUGUAAUUUCUUUUGAAAUUAAAGUUUUCUGUUUUCAUUGUAUUUUUAACUUUCAGGUAAUGGGGAUAUUUUAAAAUAGUCUUUAGAAAGAUGCAAACUGUCACUGAACAUCUUGCUGACACAAGUUUUAAAACCAGAUUUGCUGGAAAUCUGAAAUGCCAUCCUCAAGUCAGUGUUUAAGGCUCUGACGGUAUAGCUCAUUUAAAAAAUAAUAAAGAUUGUUCUGCGUGAAACAAUUUAGAUUCUGAAUCAUGUGAAAAGUCGUUGAGCCUUCUUUUCAUAUGGCAAAUUAUGCAGAAGUUAUGUCAAAGGUGCCAGACUCUGUUUCCACUGAGGUUUGCAGAUGUUCUGUACUUCGGUGGGAGCAGGCGCCAGCUAUCACUAGAUCUCAUUCUUUCUGUAACAACCUUGAGGUCAAGUUCUUCAAUGAUAACAAGUUUUACCUGCUGUUUUCCUUCUGCCAUACAUCAUCUAUUUACUGUAGCUGUUAGUGAUAAUUUUAUUUCAAAAUGUUGGAAAAAAAAUAUUACCCUAAGAAAGGUAUUUAUUUUAUCAAGAAAUGAUCUUGGACUUGAAAAGCAAGAUAAAGUAAAAUGUGAAGUAAAGCUUCACCUGUAGUGCAAAACUUGUGUUUUUAGCAGGUGUGUUUUUAAAACAGAUUUUUAAAACUAUUUUUAAGGCAGGUUUUUAGAUUCUGAUGCAUGUAAUUCUGAAGGAAAAUGGCAGCUUUUCUUUUGCUUUUUUAUGAUGGGGAUCUUUUUAAAUCGAAUAUUGAUUGUGUUUAAUUCUUUAAAAAUACUGUUCGUGUUUUAACUCUUCAGAAGCCAGUUAAGUUGUUGGGCUGAAACAGAAUUGGUUAUUUUUCAAAGACUCAGGAUAAACUAAAUAAGCUACAGUACAUUUAAAAAUGUACGAUACAAAUUGGAAGUGAAACAUCUUAAAGAUAAGUUUACAGGAAUGAUAGUGCUCAUUCUAAACAGUAAAAAAAGAAAGCAGUGUCAUUAGUUGUGAUUGUGUUCCUUUUGGAAAUUUUACAUUCCUUUGUUUUGGAAGAUUGGCAGACUUUGAAGAGUUAAAAAAAAUAAUACCGAAAUGUGAAGUUUGGUAGCUCUAACUGUUUUGUACUUGACUUUUUUUUUUUUUUUUUUUUGACCACUUUAGAAUUUCUCAUUCUAAUAAGAUUGUUUCCAAGUCUUUCUUAUGUGCAAGCUUUAAAGGAUGCACUCUUGCCAAUUCAUGUACUGGAAGAUCAGUUGUCAGAUUAAUCCUGUUUCUGGCAGAUCUGUAAACUGUAUAAACUGAUGAACCUCAGCUAAUCAGUAUUACUUUGUAGAUCACCAUGCCUACCACAUUUCAAACUCAAACUGCCUCUAGCUGUCCAAAUGCAUUUUGUUUGAGUUUGUUUGCGUUUCCCUCAGCUUGCUGGUAACUGUGGUGUUUUUAAAAUGCAGAUGUGAUGUAAUAUUCUUAUUUUCUUUGGAUCAAAGCUGGACUGAAAAUUGUAUUGUGUAAUUAUUUUUUGUGUUCUUAAUGUUAUUUGGUACUUAAGUUGUAAAUAACGUCUACUGCUGUUUAUUCCAUUUUCUACUACCUCAGGUGUCCUAUAGAUUUUCUUCUACCAAAGUUCACUUUCACAAUGAAAUUAUAUUUGCUAUGUGUCUGAUUCCUAAGAUUUCCAGGGCUUAAGGGCUAACUUCUAUUAGCACCUUACUGUGCAAGCAAAUUUUACAGAAAUCUCUGGGUUAAGAAAUUUGGCUUCAUUGUAUCCUUUGUUAUUUUAAAUAUAUCAAGAUAUUUUAAUUAAAAGUUUUUACCCCAUUGAACCAAUUUUAUAUAGUAUAAUUUGUACCUAUUUUGGUGUUCUUGUCUUUAUAGUAAAUAAAAGUUUUUGAACAAA